AUGGUGGGGGACCCGGCUUCUGCUGCUAUAAAUAACCAUCGUCGAACUAUUCCAUUCCAUCCUUCUCAAAGCAUAGACUCAUUCUACAUUCUACUGUUCUUGCUCGCUGCUAGUCUUGCUCAUUUCAGAAAAUGGCUAACGUGCUACACAAGCUUGCAAAUAUUUGAACAUCCAAUCCAAGACAUGUUGAAGACUCUUAGGGAAUUGUCCGGUUCACCGGGAUACUGCGUGGAAAUUGGAAUUGGAUCAUGGGAUUCUUUGACGAAGCCCAUGUUAGAACAGUCAGCUAUUGCCUGUGAGAAGGUAAAGAAUAUGAAUGAUCUGCGAGAUGGCUACAACAUUGUGGGACUUUCUCAGGGAAACUUAAUUGCUAGAGGAAUAAUUGAGUUCUGUGAUGACGCACCUCUGGUAAAAACUAGAUAUAUAUUACUGUUAAAUUCAAGAACUCUUGACACUGUUAAGAACUUAAUAUCACUGGGAGGUCCACAUGCUGGUAUCGCUUCGUUUCCAUUUUGUGGACACAAGAUAGUAUGCACCAUUGUUGAUUUUAUACUCCGAAUGGGGAUCUACACCCCGUGGCUUACUUACCUUGUUUUCUUGUUGAAUGUUUUGGUGCAGCGAAUUCUGGGUCCCAGUGGCUAUGUAAAAAUACCAACAGAUAUAGCUGACUACAGAAAAGGUUGUGAGUUCCUUCCAAAGCUUAAUAAUGAAAUUGCUGAUGAGAGGAAUUCCACCUACAAGCAACGAUUUGCUAGCUUAGAGAAUUUGGUUCUCAUUAUGUUUACAAAGGAGGAAAUUUUAGUACCAAAGGAAACGGCAUUGUUUGGUUAUUAUCCAGAUGGAGCCUUGCAUCCCGUUUUACCCAUGCAACAGACUAAGCUCUACAUUGAAGAUUGGAUCGGUUUGCGAACUCUUGACGAAGCUGGGAAAGUUAAAUUGGUUAAUGUAUCGGGAGGGCAUCUGAUUAUGUCUCGAAGAGACAUUGAAACUUAUGUAGUGCCCUAUUUAAAACAUUAA